GGCGCGCGGGCGUACGCGGAAGCUGCGGGGCGGGGGGACCCCCGCACCUGCCGCGGCCCGCGCCCUCGCCCCACCGGCCCUCGAGCCCCGCCUGGCGGCCGCCGGCGCAUCCAACCGAUGACCCGAGUGGACUGCUUGCCCCGCCCCGCCUCGCCUCCUGGCCGGUCCCCCGCAGACCCCCGGGAGGACCCGUCUCCCCGAUUCUCCAGCGCUGUCCCCGAGCGUCUCUGCUGGAAUGCGGAGGGCCUCCCCCGCCGCUCGGGAAAGCCCCCGUCCGAAACCUGCGGCCGGAGGCGUAGGUUGCCGACCGGCCGCGCUGGAGACCCCCGCCCAGAGACCUCCGCUGGCCGGACUCCCCGAGAUCUUUUCUCUUCUCGCCCAGACCGCUUACCUGGCGCGCGUUCACUGGCCUCCGUACGGGAGAGCAUGGCUGUGACCGCGGGAGCGCCCCUCGGUCCUGGCCCUCCACCCCGGUUGCUGCGCGCUCCGACCGCAGCGCCGCGCGGUUCUGGAGGACGCCGCUUCGGCAGCACGGUUUAGAGGGGUGACCGUAGAGACAGGUUCUCCAGCGGGGCGGCCUGGCAGUGGGAGGUGGGGGAAGCGGUGACCGGAGCCCGCGCAGUGCACAGCGCUCUGGGGGUCUUAGGGCGGGAGCCACCAGCCCCGCUCACGCCUGGCAUCUGGCGGCGCCAGAUAUUCCGCAGCGUCCAGGGCUGUUGACAGCGGUGACCCUGCGUCAUCCAUGGGGAACCUGCGUUGUGGUCUGAUUCCUUGUUCGGAAGAAAGUGGGUUAAUCCGUGUCAGAAAGGUUUCUCGUUGACAGUUGCUUUUGAAAACUUUUACCCGCUGGUGCUUGGAGUAAAUCCUUCAUCCACCUUAAUGACUAAUAGUCAUGACGUUUAAAUAUGAGUACCAGUAGAUAUCGAUGGUAUAAAGAAAGUAGACAUGGGGGGCAUUGGUUCACUUAAAAAUAACGUUGCAUCUAAUUUAUUCUUCCUUUUUACACUGUUCGGUGUAGAGUGUGCUUCAUUCUCUGGAAAUAAAAGUUGGAAAGGAUAUGACCCCCGCCCUUGAGGAACCUGACGGUGUUCAUGGCAGGGCAUGUUAGGAACACCAGUCACGUUGGAUUAGGGCCCACCCUUAAGGCCUCAUUACAACCUACGGUCUCUUAGAAGACCCUGUCUCCACAUACGCUUACAUUCUGAGGUGCUGUGGGUUAGGACUUCGACCUAGGAAUCGCAGGGGACAGUCCAGCCCAUGACUGAAGGCUUAAUGGAGGAAAUGGCCUCGAGCUGAGCUUUGAAGGGUAAGCCCGAGCAUGGAGGGGCUGCUGCAUUACAUCAACCCAGCGCACGCCAUCUCUCUCCUGAGCGCCCUCAACGAGGAGCGCCUCAAAGGGCAGCUGUGCGACGUGCUCCUGAUCGUGGGGGACCAGAAGUUCCGCGCGCAUAAGAAUGUCCUGGCUGCCAGCAGUGAGUACUUCCAGAGCUUAUUCACAAAUCAGGAGAACGAGUCACAGACUGUGUUCCAGCUGGACUUUUGUGAGCCAGAUGCUUUCGACAAUGUGCUGAACUACAUCUAUUCUUCGUCUUUAUUUGUGGAGAAAGGCAGCCUUGCUGCUGUGCAGGAACUAGGCUACAGCCUGGGCAUCUCCUUUCUGACCAACAUCGCUUCUAAGACGCCCCAGGCCCCCUUUCCAACGUGUCCCAACAGAAAGAAGCCCUUCGCAGAAGAUGAUGAGAACAGUUCUCAAAAGAGAAGCGUCAUCGUUUGUCAAAGUAGAAACGAAGCCCCGGGGAAAACCGUGAGUCAGAAUCCAGCCGACCCGAGCCACCCUCCCCGGCCCUCGCCCGGCAUCGCGGUCCAGGCCAACGCCAGUAAGGCCCCCGGCCCCAAGCCCACGGAGCCAGCGCACCACGUGGCGGCAGCCGAGAAGAGUCGGCCGAAAGAUGGCCCCGCGGGCCUCGCCGGGCCGUCGGAGGAGCCGAGCCGAGGCGGCCUGGCCAAGCGGGCUGCGGCGCCGCCUUCGAAGCCCGCGCAGGACCGGGCGGCCGCGGACGAGAGGCCGGGCGCCAGCGCUGCGCUCCCCAGAGGCGUGGCCGUGGAGCUGGCGCUGCGGAGCCCGCGGCCGCCCGUGCUGGCUCUGCGCGGCGCCCCGGAGACGCCCUUCCUGCUGAAGGAGGCGGGCCGCGGCGGCGGGCCGGGCGAGGACCGGAACCUGCUCUACUACUCCAGGCUGGGGCUGGUGAUCCCGGCGGCAGGGCCGGCGCCCGGGGCCCAGGCCGUGGACAGGAGCGGCCCGCUCGUCAAGAGCCUCCUCCGCCGCUCGCUGUCCAUGGACAGCCAGGUGCCCGUCUUCGCGCCCGCCGCCGACCUGCAGCCCCCGCAGGGCUCCUGCUCGGCCUCGGCCGACGCGGCGGGCAGCGCGCUCGGCGCCUUCUCCCGGGGGCCGUCCUCCAGGGACGCGAGCGAGGCGGCGGCCCCCGACGCCCGGGCCCCGGCCCCGCAGCCGCACCGCCUCCGGUCCUUCAGCGCCUCUCAGCCGGCCGAGCGGCCGGGGGCGGCCCCCGGGCCCGAGGUGCGGGUCAAGGCCGAGCCGCGCAGCCCCCCAGAGCCCGGCGACAUCAUCCGCGUCACCGUGGGGGAUGCCGCGGCCGCCACAAGGGACCUGGUCCCGCAGGCGGACGACGACCGGCAAGACGCGAGCCGACUCCCGGCCAAGAGGCGGUUCCAGGCGGACAGGAGGCUGCCGGCCAAGCAGCCGAAGGCCGAGGGCCGGGGCUCGCCGGGCGCGGGAGACCCUGGCGAGGAGUGCUCGGGCCCGCCUCUCCUCGAGGCCGACUUCCCGGGUUCUGGCUUGAGCAAGGACGAAUUCGCUGAGUUGGAGGGAGCGAGACCAAACAAAAAAUUUAAGUGCAAACACUGCCUUAAGAUCUUUAGAUCCACGGCCGGCCUUCACCGGCACGUGAACAUGUACCACAACCCCGAGAAGCCCUACGCCUGCGACAUCUGUCACAAGCGCUUUCACACCAACUUCAAAGUGUGGACGCACUGCCAGACGCAGCACGGCAUCGUGAAGAACCCGUCGCCGGCCGCCAGCUCGCACGCCGUUCUGGACGAGAAGUUCCAGAGAAAGCUGAUCGACAUCGUGAGGGAGCGGGAGAUUAAGAAGGCCCUGAUCCUGAAGCUGCGGCGCGGCCGGCCCGGCUUCCAGGGCCCCGGCGGCUCCCCCGCGCAAGCCAUCAAGAGGAGCCUGAGGUCCCGGGCCAAAGGCGCGUACGUGUGCACGGCCUGCGGGAAGGCCUACCGCUUCCUCUCCCAGCUCAAGCAGCACGUGAAGAUGCACCCGGGAGAGAAGGCCCUCGGGGCCGGCAGGGCCGCCAGGCCCAGGGAGCGCGCGGCGCCCGGGGGCCCGGCGGGCGGCGGCUCGGAGCUCUACCUGUGCCGCCUCUGUAACGCCAAGCUCUCUUCUCUCCUAGAGCAGGGGAGCCAUGAGCGCCUGUGCCGCACGGCCACCGUGUGCCCCUACUGCAGCCUCAGGUUCUUCUCGCCCGAGCUCAAGCGCGAGCACGAGGGCAAGUGCGAGUACCGCAAGCUGACCUGCCUGGAGUGCAUGCGCACCUUCAAGUCGGCCUUCAGCAUCUGGCGGCACCAGGUGGAGGUGCACAACCAGAACAGCAUGGCCCCGGCCGCGGGCGCCUCCCCGCCCCGGCCCGACCUCAACGGCGAGGCCAGCGGCCCGGCCCGGCCGCAGGCCCUGCCCGAAGCCGGCCGGGCCGACCCCGCCGCGGCCGCCGCCGCCACCACUGCCGCCGAAGACGACCCCGCGGGCGGCCACGGCCCCGAGCCCGUGAACUUCGACCCGGAAGACUCGCCCUGCCUCCCCGAAGACCUCAGCCUCUCCAGGCCGCUGAAGGUCCAGGUCAAAGAGGAGCCGGCGGAGGGGCCCGAGGAGGAGGCGCCCGAGCCCGGCGCCGCCCCCAAGGACCUGUGGCCGUGCGAGAAGUGCGGCAAGACCUUCCCGGCGCCCAAGCAGCUGGAGCGGCAUCAGGAGCUGCUGUGCUCCGUGAAGCCCUUCAUCUGCCACGUGUGCAACAAGGCUUUCCGCACCAACUUCCGGCUCUGGAGUCACUUCCAGUCCCACAUGGCUCAGGCCGCCGAGGACCCGGCGCACCGGGAGCCCGAGGUGGGCCCGGGCCCCACCGGCUCCCCGUCGCCGCCCCCUCUGCCCCCGCCGCUGCCCAAGAUCCAGCCCCUGGAGCCCGACAGCCCCACGGGCUUGCCCGAGAACCCGGCUCCCAGCGCCGACAAGCUCUUCGCGGCCCGGGAGUCAGACACGCUGUUCUACCACGCGCCACCCCUCUCCGCGAUCACGUUUAAAAGACAGUUUAUGUGCAAGCUCUGCCAUAGGACAUUCAAGACGGCGUUCAGUCUCUGGAGCCACGAGCAGACCCACAGCUAAAAGGCCGCCCGCCUCACUCCUGGGAGACCGGAGCCCCUCGCCAGACUUCAGCCUGUGUCCUGAACUGUGUCAUAAGGAACAAAGUGUCUUUCCGAAAGGAGUAAUAAAGGUUGCAAACUGUCAUGCUUGAAUAUGAGUUUGAGGUAAACUGAUGUUCAUCAGCAGUGUCCUUACUCAACCUAGAAAAACUCCAAAAAACCUUGUGCUCCUGGACCUUACAGUCACAGGAUGACUUGACUUCAUUACUGUUGAAAUUUGUUCUUGGUCGUUUGCAUGGUUCCUCAUUCCAUGGUAUCAGUAUAAUCUUUUACUUGAGGUGGUUUGGGUUUUUUUGUUUUUACUGAUUUGCAAUUAGUGAAACACUGUUCAAGUAUUUCUUCCUUUGAUUCUCUUAAGACGCCUAAGUUCUGGUUAAAUCUCAGCCGUGUUUAUAAGUCGAAAAUGUAUCGGAACGAAGUGGAGUAGUUUGCAGUAUUAAGAUCUUAGAAUACUUAAGCAAUAAAAAAUGAUAAACCUCAACUUUAAUAAGUUAUCCUGACACUUGAUAAAAAUAAAUAUUUGGUAUUUUGUGGUCA